GCCUCGCAAAAAUCUAUCUUCUUCAGACAUUUUCUCCCUCAUUCAAACCACUUAACGUCUCUAAAACUGUAAGUAAGCUUUUUACUUUCAUUUUCUCUUUAUUUAUAUUUGCUUUAAGUUGUAUCUAUAUCUAUAUCCUCUGUUAAUUCUUUUUUUCAAGAUUAACAGAUCUGUAUAUAUAUUAUAUACACAAUAUAUAUAGAUACAUUCUUCUCAAUCCAUAGGUGGUAUACAUACACACACACACAUAUAUAUAUAUAAUAAAUAAUUUGAAUUUCAUCAAAGAAUGAAUACCAGCAGUUGUAUUGGUAUCAGCACGAUGAAGCCUUGUUGUAGAAUCUUGAUUGGUUGUAGAAAUUCAUCCAUGUUCGGGUUUCCAUUUCCCAAAUGUUAUCAUUCCGUUGUUGAUAAUUGGUCGAAAUCUCCGUCUAAAUUAAACAAUAAUCGUCAAUUUCACUGUUGUAACAAUAGAAUUUUAGGGUUUAGGCGUGUGAUUGGUCCGGAUCGGGCAGCUUUUUGUGGUUCCGAUUCAAAUUGGGGUCAGUCUAUUGUUUUUACUAGUUGUAGUGCUAAUAAACGUAGGUCUGUUUUAGUUAAUGUGGCGUCGGAUUUUCGGAAUCAUUCGACGUCCGUUGAAGCUCAUAUUAAUGAGAAGGGCUUCGAGAGGAUUUACGUUCAAGGCGGGUUGAAUGUGAAGCCUCUGGUGAUUGAGAGGAUAGAGAGAGGUCCUGAUGUAGGGAAAGAAGAAGAAGAAGAAGAAGAAAAAAAGCCCAGGUUAGAAAAUAAUGGUUCAAAUGUUAAUAUAGAUACUUUAAAGGGUUUGAAUGGGGUCAAGGUUUUGACCUGUGAGAGAGAGGUGUCUGAAAUUGAAAAAGAGGCGUGGAAGUUGCUUCGAGAUUCAGUUGUGAAUUAUUGUGGAAAUCCAGUGGGCACCCUUGCAGCUAAAGAUCCAGCUGAUACGCAACCAUUAAACUAUGAUCAGGUUUUCAUUCGUGACUUUAUCCCGUCAGCACUCGCAUUCUUACUCAAUGGAGAAGGGGAGAUUGUCAAGAAUUUUCUGCUUCACACAUUGCAGUUACAGAGUUGGGAGAAGACUGUGGACUGCUACAGCCCUGGGCAAGGGUUGAUGCCGGCAAGUUUUAAAGUUAGAACUGUGCCUCUUGAUGGAAGUGAUGAAGCGUCCGAGGAAGUUUUGGACCCAGAUUUUGGUGAAUCAGCCAUCGGGCGUGUUGCACCUGUUGAUUCUGGGUUGUGGUGGAUCAUUUUGUUGAGAGCUUAUGGAAAGAUCACGGGUGACUAUGGACUGCAACAGAGGGUGGAUGUGCAAACAGGCAUAAGUUUGGUUCUCAAAUUGUGUUUGACUGAUGGGUUUGACAUGUUUCCUACACUGUUAGUGACUGAUGGUUCCUGUAUGAUUGAUAGACGGAUGGGUAUCCAUGGCCACCCUCUUGAAAUCCAAGCUUUGUUCUACUCGGCUCUACGUUGCUCCCGUGAGAUGCUCAUUGUCAAUGAUGGAACCAAGAAUUUAGUGGCAGCCAUCAAUAACCGACUUAGUGCACUCUCAUUUCAUAUCAGGGAGUACUAUUGGGUAGACAUGAAGAAAAUCAAUGAGAUAUAUCGCUACAAAACAGAGGAAUACUCCACAGAUGCCAUCAACAAGUUUAACAUCUACCCAGAUCAAAUUCCUUCUUGGCUAGUGGACUGGAUUCCUGAGGAAGGUGGUUAUCUCAUGGGAAAUCUACAACCCGCACACAUGGACUUUAGGUUUUUCACUUUAGGAAAUCUUUGGGCCAUUAUAUCUUCACUGGGUACUACCAAACAGAAUGAGGGAAUUUUAAAUUUGAUUGAAGCAAAAUGGGAUGAUUUUGUGGCUCAGAUGCCUCUUAAGAUAUGUUACCCUGCUUUGGAGUAUGAAGAAUGGCGUAUAAUCACCGGCAGUGACCCGAAGAAUACCCCAUGGUCAUAUCAUAAUGGAGGAUCCUGGCCAACUUUGCUUUGGCAGUUCACAUUAGCCUGCAUUAAGUUGAAGAGGCCAGAACUAGCAAGAAAGGCCAUCGCAUUGGCCGAGAAGAGGCUUUCAGUGGAUCAGUGGCCUGAAUAUUAUGACACGCGAAAUGGAAGAUUUAUAGGGAAGCAAUCUCGACUGUAUCAAACAUGGACAAUUGCAGGGUUCCUGACCUCAAAGAUGCUGCUGGAAAACCCGGAGAUGGCAUCCUUCUUGUUCUGGGAAGAGGAUUACGAGCUCCUUGAAAUUUGUGUCUGUGCGCUUAGCAAAACCGGUCGGAAGAAAUGCUCACGUGGUUCUGCCAAGUCACAUAUUCUGUAGUGUUUACUAGCAUAACAAUCAGGUAAAAACAUUAGAAAAAAAGAAUAACAUUUUCAGCCUGACACGAGCUGACUUAUUUUUAUACAAAUAACGAACAUGGUACUUUCCAAAUUCUACACUGAUGACCUAAUUGUCACCCCCGACAUAGUGCUGUGUAUUUUCUAACAGCCUACAUCAGUGUUAAAUUACUUGAUAUUUGUUAAGGUAGUCACCUGAUUUUUGUAUUCAGAGGACAGAUGUUUUGAAGAACCUCUAAUCUAUGUUAUUGGUUUCUGACUGAACAGUCGCAUGUAUGUUUAUAACUUAUAAGAAUCAUAACAAAAUUGUACUUAUUCAGACAUUUAUAUGAAUUGGUGUAAAUGUGUCGAAUUUUUCAAAAUUCUAUGUUGCUUUGAGUUUUUCCUGA